UGAAACAGAGCAGUUUAAUAUUUCAAUAUUUUAGAAAAUAUUCAAAACAACAGCAGCCACAACAACAAAACAAAAACCUGAUCAAUUAUUUAAACAUUGUGUGUGAAAUUAUGAAAAUUAUUCUAAAUAAAUUGAAGAAAUAAACAAUAUGGGUCUGGGAGCUACUACAAUUAAACACAUUUUGUUGCUGUUGAAUUUUAUAUUUACGGUAUUGGGUUUGAUAUUGAUUGGAUUCGGUAUAUUCAUUUUAAUAAGCGGCGCAGAGAAUAAAAUCGAUCAUGGAGAAAAUGUGGCUGGUGGUGUCAUUAUUACACUUGGUGCCGUCAUAUUAAUUAUUACAAUAUUCGGAUGUUUGGCAGCCAUACACGAAUCGAAAAGGAAAUUAAUAAUUUAUGUUUUAGUGUUGACAGUAUUAAUAUUGAUACAAUUAUUAUUGACGAGCAUGGCAUCUCAUGGUACUCAAGACGGUUUAUCCGGCAGUGUUAAGCAGGGCUUUGACGAGCUGUGGUUGUUGGAAAACAAAGAACCGGGUGCAUUGGCCUAUUAUGAAGAUUGGUUACAAUGUUGUGGUGUCAAUAGUACGGAAGAUUAUCGGCAGAUUAAACAUGAAAUACCGAAAACAUGUUGCAAGGAACACAAUUGCGCCAUUACAGAAAAUCUCUAUAAAGAAGGUUGUCAAUUGAAAUUUGAGGAAUAUUUGUCCGACAAAAUGUUGACAUUUAGUAUUGUCAAUAGUUUGCUGAUAGUUGGAGAAAUUAUUGCAGCCAUAUUUGGUUGGCUUUUAUAUAGCAGCCUAAAAAAUGAAAGUCGACGUUCUAAUCUUCGUUGGAUGUAGUAAAUAUACAUAGUUUAAGAUAAAUGUUUUUAAUAUACGAUUAAAUUGUUAUUUUGAAUAAAAUAUAAAUAA